AUGAAAAAACUUGCUGGCAGAGGCUCCCUUCGGAAGCAGCUCUACACGGGGUCGAAAGGGCCCUCCCUGCUGGACAUUGGCCGAAGAGCAAGGGUGGCCAUGCUGGACAAUGAGAGGAACAUGGCCUCUCUGGCACUGCCGCUUCCCAAGACGAGCCUCGUCGCCAACGCAGAGCAAGCGGAAGAGCCCAGGACGCCACAAUAUCAGAUCUCAAACGGAACAGGGGCUGCCAUUUUGGACACCAGCUCAGCAGGAAACUCGAGGAGGAAACACUUCUGCCCAGAGAGUGGCCAGUGCUUUGCCUUCAGAUUGGCUCUUCCCAGACACCAGAGAAUCCACACAGGGGAGAAGAUCCAGGAAAGUUCUGAGCGUGGGGAAUGUUUUGGUCAGUGUUCAGAGCUUGUGAGCCCUUUGGAAACCCCUAUGUCUUUGGAGUUCAGGAAGAUUCUUGCUCAUCAGCCCAUCGUUCUGAUCCACCGGAACGUCCAUGCAGGAGGAGAUAAGUCAUAUCGCUGCUUGGAGUGUGGGGAAGGUUUUUCCCAACUCUCAGAUUUUGUGAAACAUGAAAGAGGCCAAAAUCCACACAGGAGAGAAGCCGCACAAAUGCAGUGUGUGUGGGUUAUGCUUUUCUGUUAG